CAGGUACAGUUCAGAUUCAUGUUGAGUAAAAUGAUACAAAUACGAGGUAUUUUACGGAACGCGUCACACGUAUCGCAGAACAGUCUGUCUGUCUGUAAAAGGCCGACCUACGUGAGGGGCUACUGGCAGCAGCACGGAACCUUCUAUGAGUUCCGCACCUAUUACAUCCAGCCGCAUCUCAACGCUGUCUUCCUCAGACUGACCAAUGAGGAGAUCCACCUGCGGACAGCCCACUCAGAGCUCAUCGGAUACUGGAGUGUGGAAUAUAAGGUAACCGAGUACGUUUUCCACAUCUGGAAGUGUGACAGCUAUGCCCAGCGGGUAUCUGUGUGGGCAGCCCUGGCUCAAGACCCCAAAUGGAUCGAGCAGUACAUCUCUAAAGCGAUGCUCAUGCUGAGCUCUCAGGAUAAUGAGGUGACGUACCUCGUACCCUGGAGCAAAAUUCAGAAGCCACCCAAAGAUGGAGGAGUUUUGGAGCUGGCAACCUUCCAGAUGAAGCCUGGCGGUCUGGCGGUGUGGGGCAGGGCGUUUCAGGCAGCAGUGGGCACCCACACAGGAUCAGGAUACGCCCACGCAGUUGGGGUUUUUCACUCUGAAUUUGGACAGCUUAAUCAAGUGCAUGUUUUAUGGUGGUAUGAGAGCGCAGACCAGCGGGCAGCAAUACGACAUAAAUCGCAUAAUAAUGCCAGAGUGGUGGCGGUAGUAAAGAAGAGUGCAGUGUACCUGGUGUCACAGAAGAACAAACGCAUGUUCCCCUGUGCUUUCUCACCAAUCAAAUAACAUGGCUUCAUGGUUUGACUCCAAACUCAGGAAAAUGUGAAGUGAAAUUUGAUUGAUGCAGUGCGUGAGAUAAGUGAACUGAUAAACAAAUUUAAUUCUUGCAAGUUCCUUGAGAAGUUUUUGCUGAUGGUCAAAUAAUGAUUGUGAAUCAAAAUAAUGCUUUACAUCACAUUAAGACUUCCAUCCUCAAA